AUGGCAGUCUCUUGUCUCUCAUCCGCACAUCCGCUCUCGCUGCCCUCGUCUCACGCUCCCUCACUCCCAACUCCCUCGCUCCCUCCCUCCUUCCCUCCCUCCUUUCCUCCCUCCUGUUGCCCUCCUUUCCUCUCUCCCUCCUUCGGUCAUUCCUUCCCUCGCACCCCCGUUCAGUAUCCCGCCUUCUCUCACUCCCUUCUUUCCCCUCCCUCCUUCCGUCCCCUCCUCCCAUCCCUUACCCUCCAUCACUCCUUUCCUCUCUCCUUCGGUCCCUCCCUCCGUCGCUCCAUCCCACCGUCCUUUGUUUUCUCCCUCUCCUUUCCUCCCUCUCUCCAUCCUUUGCUCCCUCCUUUCCUCUCCAUCCUUCCCUUCCGAUCUCUUUCCCUCUCUUCUUCCUUCCCUUUCUCCCUCCUUCCCUUCCUUUUUCCUUCCCUCCUUCCCUCUCGUCUUCCCUCUCUUUCUCCUUCUGUCCCUCUUACCCUUCCUCCAUCCUUCCCUCCCUUCGACCUCCUCUCCCUUGCUUGUUCUCCCUUCGUCCCUGUCUCCCUCCUUCAAUCCCUCGUUUCCUCUCUCCUUCCUUGCAUUUCUCCUCCUUCCUUUCCCUCUCUUCUUCUCUCACUUUCUCCCUCUCGCCCUGUUUCCCUUCCUCCAUCCUUCCCUCCCUUCGACCUCCUCUCCCUUGCUUGUUCUCCCUUCGUCCCUGUCUCCCUCCUUCAAUCCCUCGUUUCCUCUCUCCUUCCUUGCAUUUCUCCUCCUUCCUUUCCCUCUCUUCUUCUCUCACUUUCUCCCUCUCGCCCUGUUUCCCUUCCUCCAUCCUUCCCUCCCUUCGACCUCCUCUCCCUUGCUUGUUCUCCCUUCGUCCCUGUCUCCCUCCUUCAAUCCCUCGUUUCCUCUCUCCUUCCUUACAUUUCUCCUCCUUCCAUUCCCUCUAUUCUUCUCUCACUUUCUCCCUCUCGCCCUGUUUCCCUUCCUCCAUCCUUCCCUCCCUUCGACCUCCUCUCCCUUGCUUGUUCUCCCUUCGUCCCUGUCUCCCUCCUUCAAUCCCUCGUUUCCUCUCUCCUUCCUUGCAUUUCUCCUCCUUCCAUUCCCUCUAUUCUUCUCUCACUUUCUCCCUCUCGCCCUGUUUCCCUUCCUCCAUCCUUCCCUCCCUUCGACCUCCUCUCCCUUGCUUGUUCUCCCUUCGUCCCUGUCUCCCUCCUUCAAUCCCUCGUUUCCUCUCUCCUUCCUUACAUUUCUCCUCCUUCCAUUCCCUCUAUUCUUCUCUCACUUUCUCCCUCUCGCCCUGUUUCCCUUCCUCCAUCCUUCCCUCCCUUCGACCUCCUCUCCCUUGCUUGUUCUCCCUUCGUCCCUGUCUCCCUCCUUCAAUCCCUCGUUUCCUCUCUCCUUCCUUGCAUUUCUCCUCCUUCCAUUCCCUCUAUUCUUCUCUCACUUUCUCCCUCUCGCCCUGUUUCCCUUCCUCCAUCCUUCCCUCCCUUCGACCUCCUCUCCCUUGCUUGUUCUCCCUUCGUCCCUGUCUCCCUCCUUCAAUCCCUCGUUUCCUCUCUCCUUCCUUACAUUUCUCCUCCUUCCAUUCCCUCUAUUCUUCUCUCACUUUCUCCCUCUCGCCCUGUUUCCCUUCCUCCAUCCUUCCCUCCCUUCGACCUCCUCUCCCUUGCUUGUUCUCCCUUCGUCCCUGUCUCCCUCCUUCAAUCCCUCGUUUCCUCUCUCCUUCCUUGCAUUUCUCCUCCUUCCAUUCCCUCUCUUCUUCUCUCACUUUCUCCCUCUCGCCCUGUUUCCCUUCCUCCAUCUUUCCCUCCCUAUCUCCCUUGUUCGUUCCCAAUCCCCCCUCUCUCCCUCCUUCCCUCUCUGCUUCCUUCCCUCUCCCCAUCCUUCCCUCUCCCCAUCCUUCCCUCUCUCCCCCAUUCCCUCUACCCAUCCAUCCCUCUCUCCCUCACUCCCCCUCUCCCCCUUUCCCUCCUUCCCUCUCUCCCUCCUUGCCUUUCCCCUUCCUUUCCUCCUUCCCUCCUUCCCGCUCCCCUCCUUAGCUCUCUCCUUCCUUCCUUCCUUCCCUCUCUUCAAGUACUACUUCGUCUUGAUCUAAUCCCUUUCUAUUAA